AAUGCAGUACAACAAGACUCACUUAAACCCGAUGCCAAGAGAAACCGGAACAUCAACGCCAAGAUCCAUCAUUGCGCAACGCAUGCUUGCAGAUUCCGGAUGGUUACGGAUGCGGACGCGGGUAUCCGAGUCACACUAAUGAAACUGCAUUCGUGUCACCGAGUAGAAAUUCUCGGGCGAGUGGAAUGGAAAUAGGAGGAUUUGAGGAGGUAUAAGGAAUCGGGAGGAAUAGGGGUUGGGGAUGAGGGAGAUGGUGUUUUUGUUGCACGUCGAACGAUAAGUGUUGGGCUGGGCGAGAAUGGAUCGUGGGUUUGAGUUUGAGAGUGGAUGAGGGUCAGUGGGCUGGACGAGAUUUGGAGGAGUCUUGUUUUUUGAAUUGAAAUAUGGGAGGUUUGGUGGGAUGCGAUGGUUGGUAUUCUCUUCAUGGGCGACGUGUUUGUAUGGUUAUUGAUUUUUUGCUUCGUUCUGGGUUUUGAUAUUUAGAGUGUGUAUGGCAUGUUUAUAACAAGGUUCUUGAUCAGGAAGUCCUGAGAGGAAGUCGAGACCCGAGAAAGAGCGGCGUCGAGUUCAAAUGGCAGCAUUGGAUAUUUGGAAAUAAGGGCAUCAAAAGCUGACGAGAGACUGUCUAUUGGAUGAUGUCGCUAUUUGAAAAUUUACAGGGCCGAAAAGUCAUGCUCCAUAUUUGAUUUGAAAUCAUUUACUGGGAAGAAAGAUGCUUGUUCGUGUACUCGAGUUGUCUAUUUUGGCGGAGAAUAGCUUCUUAUUUCAGUACGACUAUGGUCGAGGAAAAGCUUCCAGAGUCUCUCGGAAUGACAAGAAUCUAGGUUUCUAUCAAAGGUCGGAUGGUUCAUCUCAGAAGACAUGGGAUGAUGAAUUCUAUAUACAAGUUUGGACGAAGAUGAGAAAGGCUUGCACCCUUCUAUGGCGUGCUAUGAAAGCUUGAGCAACCCAUGUCGACUGCAAUCGUUCAUAUGCUAAGAACUGGCUGGAAUAGAAGAAUACAGAAAGCAAAAGCUGUUCCUUGGGAACAACUUGGGAGUGGUGCCAUAAAGUCAAAAUCAAUGCUUUUUACAGAAAUAAAUGAGAGGAGUUCGACCAAUGGGUGACGAAAAAAACGAGUCUAGAACUGGUCAUUCGGAAGAAGAUAGUAAUGCGGGGUUUGAGUGAAUAUCAAUUUUGGAAACCGAGGGGUAAUUGAACAUGCUUCCAUCCUUCUUCUGAUCCCAAUCCUCUACUAAAUCUGACCACCGCCGACACUCUAAGAAUUUAUGGAUCUUGAUCAUUAGGCUGCAUUGGUGAGCAUAUUGAUCGAAGUCUCCAGGUCUCUAUUGAUGUUCCACUAUACACUAUCUUCUACAUAUUUCGUUGUUUCUCAAGUGCCUUGAGAAUUUUAGCAGUUCAUUGCAACCAUUUUCGAUCUUUUGCGGUCAAAAUCAUCUAUUCGCUGCUCAGUUUAUCUGAAAUCUGCAAUUACUAUCAAAACAUGCCUGAUGUACUUGGUGCGGGGCUUCGGUGGCUCAGAGGGGAGAGAGGGAAAUGUUUCAAGGGGCCUAUAGAAGCUUGCGUAGGGCCAGAUGUGAUUGAGAGCAGGGAGUUACAUCAAAUGGCUCGAAAUGUGGUAUUGGAGAGCGAUAGUGAAGAAGAACGUCUCAAUAAUCGUGCCGCCAGGUUGAAAAGACACCGAGAGAGGGUCAAACAUCAUACCCCUCCGGACAAAUACAGCCCAGAAGGUCCAUCUAGAAGUGGUACAUUGAUUGAUUAUGGCAAGACGGGUGGAUAUCAGAGGUCAAUAUGGCUUAAGGAAGGAGAUCAUUCGUCAGAUUCAGAUCGAAUACCUAAGCAUGACUCCCCUCUGGUGACUUUGAAAAAUAUAAGGAAUAGUUCUGAUUACCCAAAUGCCAAUCUGGGACCAAGCGGAAAACCAUGGGGUCAACAAAGUUCUUUUUCACAGUCAGCCCCAGAUGACUAUUUAAUACCUUACAAGAGUUAUGGAAAUCCACAUGUGGGAAGUCCAAGAGAAGCUGCUGAAUUAUUGACAUCGGCCAAUUCCUCUGAAUAUGUGCCUCGCGUAGAUAGAAGUGCACACGAGAGAAUCAAUCGACGUGGACCUCUACAUUCCAACCAUCGACCACCAUCGCCUGGUUUAAAAUUUGACCCUGUACGAGACGCCGCUGCACAAAAUGAUGCCGUCUCUCAUCGCCAUUCAAACUACGAAGCACCUAUCUCACCUCGCGUCAUUCCCACAAGAAAGCCUGUACCACAGCCUUAUUUUCAGGAUCCAUCGGUAGUAAGAAAAGAAGCCAGAGACUUGAAUACUAAACGCGUAGCAGAACAAGCCAUAAUCAAUCGUCGUAAUGAGGAAGAGAUUCUUCGCCAACGAAGAGAGAGAAAAAUUUCGAACAGCCCAGAAGAGAGUGAAGAAUCACAUGAAAAUUACGAUGAUACACCCAGAGGACGACAGACUCUUCAAGGAGCACCUAGCACUCUUGACCGACAUCGAAGUCCACCAUCCAGAUCCGCCACAUUACCCCCUGAAUCUCCGGUUCCAUUUCGACCUGUAUUGCUGAUGGAGGACAACGAACCUCACAAUUCCUGGCUCAGCCAUAUAAGAUCCCCACCAGAUCCUCGCACGAGUAUAUUCAUGCCUCCACCACGACGCAAUACCGUCUCCUCCGAUCCAUGGGAAAACAAUCCCCGAGCUCCACCCUACCCCGUCACCCCUCACAAUUACCACCUCAACGGAUACAACAAUCAAAAUGAUGUUCAAAAACGUGCAGUACAUGAUGCUUUCAAAGAUGUGAUGCUACAUGGACAUGAGAGAAUAGCAGGUCCUACGCCUCCUACUUUCAGGAGUUCGUAUCCCGAUGCAAUGGAAUUGUCGGGUGUUAGUCCAGAGAUACGUAGGGAUGGGAUGAAUAGACAUACGGCGAGUGGAAAUGAGAUACGUGGUGAUAGGUCACAGAGGCCUGAAUUUGCGGUAAGAAUAGAUAUGGGUGUAUACCGUCCUGCCAUGACUAGGGAAUUGCCAGAGAAACUUGCAGACGGUGGUAUAAUGGGUGUUGAGAGAUUAGAGGUAAAUGGUGAAGGUAGACGAAUAGAGGCAAUUGCGGAUCGAAGAAGAGAGAGACCAGUCCCAGAGAUUCGUGUUCAGCAUCCUACUCCCAGGUGCAAGUCAGCGGGAGCCACAUGGUGUGAAUAUUGGGAGGACGAGAAGGAGUGCGGAGACGGAGCGAUCGGUAGCGCCGAGAUCGGAUUAUGGAGAGCGUAUAAAGCAUGA